CGACUCCAGAGACGAGGUUCUCAAUCAGCUCCGUUCGCGUUGGAGGAGCAGCCCAUUCUGAUGCUGAGACCAUUUUGAGAAAUGGAUCGGGUAGGUAGGAGACCAAGAGAUGAUAGAGUAUAAGUACUCGUAUACCCCGAAACUGGACUGGGCUGCAGGCAAAAGUUCAGUUGCGUCUGAAUUGGCGCUCGUUUUCCUUCAUCAACCACUCCUCGACCUUCUUCGAUAUACAAUACUACCUCGCCUAUAGCUCUUUUCCAUUUGAACCGUUGUCGACGAGUCGUGACAAGCUUAGAAGUUUCUUAUGAAUGCAGAAGAAAGCCACAAUCUACCACAGCCUAAUGGUGCGCCAUCCGAGGUCAUGGAUGUCUUGUCCAAUGCCGAGGAUUCUCUGCAGCAGGACGGCAUACGGAACUCUGGGAGUCCAAAUGGAAUACUAUACGAAGCUGUGGUAGAAUCACCCCCUCCGGCCGAAUCUUCAGUUACCCCACAGGACGUUCUCGUCGUUCCUGAGAUCGAAAACACAGUGAUCGAAGACUCUGUUAUUGUGGACUCCCACUAUGAUAUCUCUGUCCAGGCCUCUGUGGUGGAUGAAAACCAGGACAUGGUACUUGCUACGACUGAUGUGAACAUUUCGGGACAAGAUUCGUUCACUAUGGAAUAUUCUGAAUCACCAAGCCAGGAUAUCGAUAUGCAGGACGCUGCUGUUGCUUUCGACCAGAAGCCACUCUCUACCCCGCCACUUACGGCGACGCUCCCAGCCAAGGACGAGCCUAUACCAACUUCAUCUGUACAUCUCACAUUAAAUGGCACAAAACCACCCAAUGGUGCAGUGCUUCAACCUCAAGAUACCACCCCUGCCUAUAGGGUAAAAUUCAUUAUGAGUGGCCAUACCCGGUCAAUAUCCUCGAUAAAGUUUAGUCCGGAUGGCACAAUGCUUGCUUCAGCUGCCGCGGAUAAACUAGUGAAGAUAUGGGACCCGGAACAUGGGGAGCUACUUGACACGUUCGAAGGACAUACCGAAGGUAUAUCCGACAUUGCAUGGUCAAGUGAUGGAGAAUUCCUCGCCUCUGCUUCGGAUGACAAGACCAUACGAAUAUGGAGCCUUGAGACAGGCGAAGUAGCAAAAGUAUUGAAAGGGCAUACGAAUUUCGUGUUCUGCGUAAACUUCAAUCCACAAUGCAAUUUGUUGGUUUCUGGUGGGUUUGAUGAGACCGUUCGUGUCUGGGAUGUAGCAAGAGCAAAACCGUUGAAGACCCUUCCCGCUCAUUCUGAUCCAGUAACAGCAGUCACGUUCAAUCAUGACGGUACACUCAUAGCGUCGUGUGCUAUGGAUGGCCUGAUACGUCUGUGGGACACUGACUCAGGUCAGUGUUUGAAAACACUGGCAGACGAUGAUAAUCCUAUCUGUUCUCACGUCAAGUUCUCGCCAAAUUCGAAAUACAUUCUCGCGUCUACUCAAGACUCUACCAUAAGGCUUUGGAACACACAAACAUCCCGAUGUGUCAAGACUUACACAGGUCAUACCAACCGUACCUACUCCAUAUUUUGUGACUUUGCACCUGGCGGAGCAUACAUCGUUAGUGGUAGUGAAGACUCUAAGGUGUAUCUUUGGCACCUUCAGAAUAGACAAAUAGUACAAGUGCUUGAGGGUCAUAGAGACGUGGUGAUUGCUGUUGCGGUAUGUUGCAAACCUACAGUACGUCUUGAACAAUGCGAUUCUGACAUUUCCAUCUAGAGCAACCCAACUCGACCGAUGAUUGCAUCCGCGUCCGUUGAAAAGGACUUGACAAUUCAUGUCUGGGUAGACACUAAUGCCGAGACUCUAGACUCGUAACGCAUGGACACAGGUUAGGGUACUCUGGGAGUUGCGUUCACCUUCUUUUAUAUUUUAUGUUCUCUUAUGUUCUCUUAACGAGGAUACUAUUAUAGUUUUUGUAUCGUUAGCACUUGUACCAUGGUAUUCGUUAUGUUGCUACUGCUUUCUGGAGCCUUCCAUUUUGAGGCGUUAGAGUGCCAAAUAAGGAAAUAAUAGUGGACUGAGUCAGCUUGUCACAUCGU